GUGUGUCUGAACCUACAGAUGUCAAUCUCCUGAUCACUUGACAGAUGAUUGGACUUUUCCUCGUCACGAUACUCGGGUUCUUCAGAUCCUGCUUGUCAUUUAUCAGUGCUGUACAUAAAUCACGACAUAUCUGAUACGCAGUUAUCAAACAUUGUAAAAGAAAAUAUUUAUGUUUGGUUUAUGACAUCGACAGAUGUGCUUCGCAGAAAAGAGUGCACGCGUGCGGACUACAAGACCAAGAUGAACAUUUGGCCGGCUGAAAGACGAGACUGGGUGUUCAUAGGAACAUUAACACUGUUGAUUAUGAAUUAUGUGGACUGCAUACAGAACAUAAACUUCCCAACACCAAGUCUUAGCGGCAAAAUCAUCCUUAUUCCAAGAGUUCACCUUCGUGGUUAUCCCCGUAGGACACACUUUUUAUCGGUACAGACUCCAAGAAACGGUAACAUUGCCCUGAAAGACAAUAAAAUUAUACUUGACCCAAGUUUGGUUCAUUCUGAGAGUUCAAGGCCGUUUCAGAGAGACCAGCCACCAGGGACGCAUGUGAUUUUCCACUCCGGUAGAAACGCAAGUUAUACGCAAGAAACUCAGGUUCAUUGGCGAAAUGGUGGAACUAUAUACAAGAAACCAUUUCCUCAUAACUGGUCUUCGGUUUCACGACACAAACACCGAAAUGGCUUGCCUGUUAAUAUUCUACAAGAGACAUUUCAAAUUCGUAAAGAUAAAAAUACUUCAGAGAAUCGGACUGAGGGGCAAUCCAACAAAAAUAUUUUUCAAACCAACUCCAGUGGGUCGAUCUCAAAAAGAAUACAACCAGUUUUUCGGACAAUUGAAGUCAGGAAAGAAUUUCAAAAUGGCUGAUAAUAGUGAUAUACUAACUGUGCGGUGAUACCUUUAUAAUCCGGACGCCAAUGGUCAGGAAAUCUCACGUUGCGGGCAAUAGAUAUUGUUGACUCUGCAAAAUGGUUUUGCUAAUCCGGAUAUUCAGCUACCGGAAUUAGAUGGCAGUUAUCCAAAACCCGACGGUUGUUAUCCCCAAAAAGAGUAAAAAUAUAACCUCAUUUAAACAAAAUAAUAAUAAAAGAUGAGAAAGAAAGAAAGAAAGAAAAAGUAUUAAACUGAAAGUGUCGUGCAUUAUCAUGCUACAUAACCGUAGUUAAUCAAUAAACACAAGCCAAAAUGGUGUACCCUUGAGUUUGUAUUGUUUUAUAGGUUUCUAUUAAUGCGCCUGUGCGAAUUGUUUAUUUAUCUAGAUUAUUAUUGUAUUAAUACUUUAUUAUUUAUUAAGGACAAUUACGUUAAUUAGAUUAAGAGCAACAGUUCUAAACGGUUAAUGGAUAAAAUGUUGCGCAUUUUUAACUAUUCAAGAUGACUGCCAAAACGCACAACUGGCAAUAUCAUUUAAAUCCAAUACGGUCGCUACCAUAACAGCCAGAACAAGGAAAUUGCAAUUAUCACCUUUUACACCCACUGGGAAAAGAUUUUGAUGUUAACAACUAAAUAUUAUGGGCAAAGGAAAUCAUUUAUGACAUCUUGCUAAUAGGGUGAUUGCAUCAUCAAUUAAAUCGAAACUGAAAACGGCCACCAAUAAGUAAGUAGUAGACAUAUCUUGCAUUCUAUUAUUACCACGAACAAUAAUUUAUACUUCAAAUUCAAAUAUAUAUAUAUAUAUAUAUAUAUAUAUAUAUAUAUAUAUAUAUGGUUUUAAUGGGCAAGGAAUUAAUUUCUCGCAUUCACUUUCUACUAUAGAGAAUUUUAUUAAUGCUUGAAUCCAAGAUGGCAACAGCAAAUAAACCAAUUUCUUAGCCGGUGCCCUUGCAGGCAGUGAUACAUCUGUUAUGAUAUAAAGGGUUGUAAAAGAAAUAAUAUUUAAUUUCUGCUUGAUGAAUUUAUGCAGCAACCAUUUUGUUGAUAUAUGUAUUUUCUGAAUAUAUGGCUA